UACUAAUAUCAAUAUCAAUCAAUCCAUCAAAGAUAAUGAACGGCGACGAGUGUUCGAGUAACAUUCAGUUUUCCGACUGCACUUGAAACACUCGCGAGUGACGUCAUGUUACGUAAACGUGAUGACGCACGCCGAGUGACUCUCGGGCAGCCUGAAGUGCGCGGCAAAAGAAGUGGGACACAAACAAAAAACAUGUGGCUUCCACACUGAGGAACCGGCGCAGGUGAAGCUGAGAAGACAUGAUGGGGUUGCACACGUCCCAGAAGAAGCACUUUCCCCUGCGGGGGAUAGACGGCGUUGUUCAGCUCUUCGACGCCGAACUCCGCAAGUCCGAGCCGGACUUAGCCCUCCUCUCGCUGGUCCUGGGCUUCGUCGAGCACUUCCUGGCCGUCAACCGUGUGGUGCCUGUCAACGUGCCCGGCGUGCGCUUUGAGCCACUGGAGCCAGACUGUCCUAACUCGUGCUUCCCUACUGUAGAGCUGGGUAUGCUCUCGGCGCUGUAUGAGCGCUUCACAGCGCAGAUUCGCGGGGCAGUGGACCUGUCGCAGUACAGGAGGACAUCGGCCGGCUCGAGUCGCGAGUUGGUGAAGAAAGUUUCUGACGUGAUUUGGAACAGUCUGAGUCGCUCAUACUUUAAAGAUCGAGCUCAUAUCCAGUCUCUCUUUAGCCUCAUCACUGGGACCAAGCUGGAUAGCUCAGGGGUGGCCUUUGCUGUGGUGGCAGCUUGCCAAGUUCUGGGUCUGAAGGACGUGGUCAGGGUAGGGAGGAGGUGUGGUUGUGGGCGUGGUUGGGGCGGGGGGCGUGGUUAAGAGGGGUGGCGUAUAAUUCACCAA